AUGUAUCACUGUACAUCAGGUUCAGAGCAAAACUCCCUGACUGAAGAGCGAGACGAGUUGAAGAGAAUCAACCUUGAUCUGGAGGCCAUUGGCAAACACCUGACUGAGGAGAGAGAUGACCUGAAGAGAACUGUGAAGGACUAUGUUUCAGAGCAAAACUCCCUGACUGAAGAGCGAGACGAGUUGAAGAGAAUCAACCUUGAUCUGGAGGCCAUUGGCAAAAACCUGACUGAGGAGAGAGAUGACCUGAAGAGAACUGUGAAGGACUAUGUUUCAGAGCAAAACUCCCUGACUGAAGAGCGAGACGAGUUGAAGAGAAUCAACCUUGAUCUGGAGGCCAUUGGCAAACACCUGACUGAGGAGAGAGAUGACCUGAAGAGAACUGUGAAGGACUAUGUUUCAGAGCAAAACUCCCUGACUGAAGAGCGAGACGAGUUGAAGAGAAUCAACCUUGAUCUGGAGGCCAUUGGCAAAAACCUGACUGAGGAGAGAGAUGACCUGAAGAGAACUGUGAAGGACUAUGUUUCAGAGCAAAACUCCCUGACUGAAGAGCGAGACGAGUUGAAGAGAAUCAACCUUGAUCUGGAGGCCAUUGGCAAAAACCUGACUGAGGAGAGAGAUGACCUGAAGAGAACUGUGAAGGACUAUGUUUCAGAGCAAAACUCCCUGACUGAAGAACGAGACGAGUUGAAGAGAAUCAACCUUGAUCUGGAGGCCAGUAGCAAAAACCUGACUGAGGAGAGAGAUGAGCUGAAGAGAACUGUGAAGGAUGUUUCAGAGCAAAACUCCCUGACUGAAGAGCGAGACGAGUUGAAGAGAAUCAACCUUGAUCUGGAGGCCAGUGGCAAAAACCUGACUGAGGAGAGAGAUGACCUGAAGAGAACUGUGAAGGACUAUGUUUCAGAGCAAAACUCCCUGACUGAAGAGCGAGACGAGUUGAAGAGAAUCAACCUUGAUCUGGAGGCCAUUGGCAAAAACCUGACUGAGGAGAGAGAUGAGCUGAAGAGAGCUGUGAAGGACUAUGUUUCAGAGCAAAACUCCCUGACUGAAGAGCGAGACAACCUGAAGAGAAUCAACCUUGAUCUGGAGGCAAAAUUGAAAAUGACAGUUUCACAGCAAAACUCCCUGACUGAGGAGAGAGACAAGUUGAAGAGAAUCAACCUCGAUAUGGUGGCAACUAACAAAAACCUGUCUGAGGAAAGAGACGAUCUGGGGAGGACUCUGAGAGCCGGGGGAUGGAAGUACUUCAGCGGUAGUCUCUAUACCAUUUCUUCUAUCAAUAAAAACUGGCAAGCGAGUAGGGAUGACUGUCUUCAAAAAGGGGCAGAUCUGGUGAUUGUCAACAGCCAAGAAGAACAGAAAUACAUAACAAGUUUUGGUGAGCGCGUGUGGAUCGGACUCACUGAUCGAGCGACAGAGGGCAGAUGGAAGUGGGUCGAUGGGACUCCGCUGACCACAAGCUACUGGUACCGAGGUGAGCCAAAUGGAAAUUCGAAGCUGGACGAAGACUGCGCACAAAUAUUUCCCGCAAAUGUAGGAGAAGGCUGGCUAGAUUACCAUUGCAGUUAUACUACAAAUCGAUGGAUAUGUGAGAAGAGAUUGCCAUAACUCCACAUCUAUGCACACAAAACGAUGAGGAAAAAAAACAGGAAAAAGUUGCAUUUCUCAUUUUCAGCCUAAAUUAAAAUGUGGAGGUCCAGGUGGGGGAGGGGUUGGACUCUCACGUAGAUAUCUGGAGUCACGUCGUAUCUCAUAUUGGGAGACGACGUGACUCCCAAUAUGAGAGAAGGGGAAGGUGUUUGACUAUGUGUAUAUGUGUGAGUAUGUAGGUGUGUAUAUGUAUGUGUGCAUAUAUGUAUAUCAGUGUAGGUAUGUGUGUGUAUGUAUAUGUGUAUAUGUA